AUGGCGUUCAGAGGAACCUCGGACAAAUUAUAUACGCCGAACAAUGGGAAGUUCUUGGGACUAGUUCAACUAAUAGGCAAGUUUGAUCCGAUCAUGCAGGAACACUUGAAGUUGGCAAUGGCAGGUGAUAUUUCAGACCACUAUUGCGGAAAGGAUAUUCAAAAUGAAUUAAUAGAUCUGAUGGGCGGAAAAGUCAAAUCUGAAAUUGUAUCGCGAGCCAAAACCUCCAAAUAUUAUUCCAUCAUAGCUGACUGCACUCCUGACAUAAGUCAUAUUGAACAACUUUCUUUAACUAUUCGAUUCGCUGACUUAUCAGAUGACAAUAUAAGCAUAAAGGAGCAUUUCUUGGAAUUUAUUCUUGUCCAGUCCUCUAGUGGUGCAGGGCUCACAGAAGUGAUCCUAACUGUGCUAAAUAAACACGGACUUGAACUGCACAAUUGUAGGGGUCAGGGGUACGAUAACGGAGCAAACAUGAAGGGAAAAAAUAUUGGUGUACAAAAAAGAAUCUUAGAUUUAAACCCGUUGGCUUUCUUUGUACCAUGUGGGUGCCAUAGUUACAAUCUCGUACUGUGUGACGCUGCUAAAUCUUCGGUGAAGUCAGUUACUUUGUUUGGGGUUUUGCAGAGAUUAUUCGCACUGUUUUCUGCUUCUGUUAAUCGAUGGAAAAUCCUAACCGAUCACUUAGGACUCUACAGUUUGAAAAAACUGAGUGACACACGUUGGGAAGCAAAAAUAAACAGUGUAAAAGCAGUCCGCUAUCAAAUUUGUGACGUUCAUGAUGCUUUAGUUACUUUGGCUAAUGAAACUGAGAAAAGUGAUGUUACUAUCUCGCACGAAGCAAUUACUUUAGCAGGACAGUUGAAAGAUUUUGGCUUCAUAGUUUCCCUAGUUGUUUGGUACGAGAUUCUUUUUCAAAUCAAUGUCGUGAGUAAAUCUCUGCAAUCAAAAAACAUAGACCUCGGUAAAUGCACAGAAAUACUAGAAAACUGUUGUAAUUUCUUAGAAGAAUACCGAAAAACCGGUUUCAAAAAAGCUCUUUUAAUUGCAAGUGACCUAGCGAAAGAACUACAAAUCGAGCCUGUUUUUAAGCCAAUGAAUCGAGUACAACGUAUAAAACGCCAGGCUGGUGAAAUGGCCACGGAUGAACCCAUCGAAUCUUCAGAGAAAAAGUUUGAAAUUGAAUUCUUCAAUAAAUUGUUGGACACCUCUUUAAUGUCAAUGAAAGAAAGAUUCAAACAGUUACAUGACUAUUCAAAAACAUGGUCUUUUUUAUACAAUGUAAAAAAGAUACCUGAAAGAAAUGAACUUUUGAAAUUAUGUACUGAUCUCCAACGAAAACUUACUGUUGGAUCCGAUUCUGAUAUAGAUGGUCACUUAUUGUGUGAUGAACUCAUAAGUCUUAAAGAUUUUCUUCCGGAUAACGAUGAUAUUACUCCCAUUUACGUUUUAAACUUUAUUAAACAGCGCAAUAUUCACGAAUUAUAUCCAAAUAUAUGGAUUGCGUUACGCAUUUUGGUAACUAUACCUGUAACGGUAGCUAGUGGAGAACGCAGUUUUUCGAAACUUAACCCAUUAACGCCUGAAAGUCCAAAAUUUUCUGCUUACUUUCGAUUCUCUUGA